AGUCUAUAUUAACAUAUAACAGAUUUCUGAAUCUGAUUUUGAGUAAUCUAUUUCAUCAACGUUUUGAAUUAAAGUUCAAAUAAUUCUUACCAAAACUAACUAUAAAUCCAUCUUCCCCAACUUUUGUGAUGUACAAGCCCAAGUUAAUAAACGUACACAUGUUUCCCUCACUCCAACUACCAAGUACAGGGUUGUAAAAGCAGGUUUUAUGAUGAAGUUCCGCUCUAUGUAAGGGCGUUGCAGGGAUGAGGCCCGUUCAUAGAAUCCCUAUAAAAUAUAAACAUACAGUUCAUUAGAAGCAUAAGCACAAAACACCCAAGUGACAGUAUUAAUGGAAGGAGUAGAUCAAACCAGUCACUUAUGAAAAACAUUGCAGAAGAAGACUACUGGGUAGCUGAAAUGUAUUAGUAUCUUACAGAACCAUAUAGAUAAAAAGAGAUCCUUUGUCCAGGUUGCUUUUACAAAAUGAUCAAAGCACCAUGGAUCAAUAUCUUAACAUAUUUACUUGGAGCAGUCUUUCUACUCUCUUUUAUAGGAGGGCGUGGAGCAGCAGAACAACUUCGAGCAAGCACCCCUCCCAGAGGAUGGAAUUCCUAUGACUCAUUCUCCUGGACCAUCACUGAAGAACAAUUUCUAGACAAUGUAAAAGUUGUUGCCGAUAAGCUUUUAACACACGGAUAUGAGUAUGUUGUGGUGGACUAUUUAUGGUACAGAAGAUUUGUCCCUGGAGCAUAUACAAAUUCUCUAGGAUUCGAUGUAAUAGAUGAAUGGGGGAGGCCUAUUCCUGACCCCGUGAGAUGGCCAUCUUCAAAGGGAGGAAAAGGAUUCACAAACAUUGCAGAUCGUGUUCACAAAAUGGGUCUAAAGUUUGGUAUUCAUGUAAUGCGUGGCAUUAGUACUCAGGCAGUUAAUGCCAAUACACCAAUCAUGGGGCCAAAUGGCCUUCCAUAUCAAGAGAGAGGUAGGAAUUGGAGAGCUAGUGAUAUCGGUCUCAGAAAUGAAGCUUGCAAAUGGAUGUCUGCAGGUUUCAUGAGUGUUGAUCCCAAUCUGGCAGCUAGUAAGGCUUUCCUGAGAUCAUUGUACCAGCAAUAUGCAGAAUGGGGAGUUGAUUUCGUGAAGCAUGAUUGUGUAUUUGGAGAUGAUUUGAAUGUAAAUGAGAUAUCUACUGUUUCAGAGAUCUUAAAAGGCUUUGAACAUCCUAUAGUAUAUUCUCUUUCACCAGGAACACAUGUUACACCUCAUAUGGCAAACAAAAUAAGUACAUUGGUCAAUAUGUAUCGAAUAACAGGGGAUGAUUGGGAUACAUGGAAUGAUGUCGAAGGACACUUUAAUGUGUCAAGGAAUUUUGCUAGACAUGGUCUGAUAGGAGCUCAAGGUUUACUAGGGAAAUCAUGGCCAGAUUUAGACAUGCUACCAUUUGGACGGUUAUCAUCUGUUGGGUCGAAUGAAGGUCCACACAGGACUAGUAAUCUUACUGUUGACGAGCAAAAAACUCAGAUGACAUUGUGGGCUAUGGCAAAAUCUCCACUUAUGUUUGGAGGAGACUUAAGGAAUAUUAAUGAUCAAACAUUGAAGCUCAUCACAAACCCUAUGGUACUGAGUAUCAAUGCAUAUAGCACAAAUAAUAAGGAGAUCUCUCAUAUUUUGCAUAUUGAACAAUCUCUACAUUCAAACCCAACAAGAAUUCAAGUUUUCUUAGAUUCAAAUCCCAUCAGAGGAUCUAAGAUUGGACCAAACAACAAGGCUGGUAUUUGGAUAGCAAAUGGCUCCAAGACAGGUGAACUGUACAUGGCUCUCUUCAACUUGAGAGAUGUAACAUCUAUAAUCUCUGUGAAAGUGAAGGAUGUGAUGGAAAUAUUCAAGGGAGGUGACAUCAAUGACAAGAAUGAGAGCUAUCAUUUGAAUUCAACAUCUGAGAGGAAAUGCACGUAUCAAGAUGUUUGGAAUGAUAGAGAUCUUGGAGUGAUAAGUGACAAAAUAUCCAUGGAAAUACCAUCUCAUGGUUGUGCUUUAUUUGUUAUCCAUUGCUCUUAAUGGAAUUUUUAGAUUAGGCUUUUAUAACCCUUAGCUUCAAUUAAGUGGAACGUUUUCAUUAGAUUUAUCAUUUUUAUGCACCUUUAAAUAAAUUUGCUUACCAUUAUGAUGGCAAAACUUACAUGUACAAAUAUGACCCUUCUAGGUUUGAGCAUAGGAGAUUGUAAGCUUUGACAAGCAAAGUGCAUUAAGAUUUGAAAACAGAGCCUUCAGUUUGUGUGCCUUCUGCAUGCCUCAAGAUUUUGCAUACAUGUCUAUCAAGGCGUGUGCAGCAAGAGGAAUUGAUUAAUUUCAUUUUUAUGAAUUACCAAACAUCAAAAUUGGGAUGCA